CUUUAUAGAUUUUAUAAUACACCGCCAUAGACUAUUCUUUUAUCUAUGCACAUAGACCCGGUAGCAGCUGCUUCAGAGUCGACUGUAUGGUAAGCCUGCUCGAUCGCAUUGAUUAAAGCCAAGGAUGAUGAAAAAAUAUACAUAUAUUAUACAUUAUUUAUGUAUAAGUUCAUCUGUUAUUGUUGUCAAUGUUGUCAUUAUACCUAUGCGAUAUGCGAAUGCCGAUUAUUGCGAUUAACUAAAUACCUACUGAAAAAACUCGAGUCAACAACAGACUACGAUUAAAGAUUUGAAGAUUAUAAUAUGUCUUAAACAUUUUUUAUAUUAUCUUUUCUACGCAACAGGCUACUAUAUAAUCAUUAAUAAUUAUAUUUUCAUUUUUACUGUGUAUAAAUUUGUAUGAUUUUAUUAUUUUACCUAACAAAAGAAUUCCAUUUAAAAACCUUGAAAGUUGAUAUUUGAUUAGUCAUAAAUGUACAAGUUAAUUAUUAUUUAUCAUUAAUGUGGUCAUUAUAACUUUAUUAAUAAUUUCUGACAUUGAAAUUAACUAUUCUAUGUUUCGUUAAUCGUUAUUGGAUCAUCAUAGGCUGAUACAUUUUGUCAAAAAUCAUUUAAAAAUGGGAAUGUUAUUUGGAAAACCCAAAGUUUCUCGUAUUACCGACCACGAUCGAGCAGUUCUGGUAAUAAUAUUCAAUAUCAAAUGAAACAACAAAGAGAUACCUUAAAGCGAUAUCAACAGAGAGUUGAAAAAUUACUAGAAAGCGAAAGAGAACUCGCUAAAAGACUACUAUCCGAAAACAAAAGAGAUAAAGCAAAGCUUUUGUUGAGAAAAAAGAAGUACCAAACAGAGCAGCUAGAACGUACUGAAGCUUCUUUGGAUACUAUUGAAAAAUUAAUACAAGAUUUAGAAUAUACCCAAAUAGAAGCCAAAGUUAUUGAAGGCCUUAAAGUUGGAAAUGUAGCUCUUAAAAAAGCCAAUGAAUUAUUUAAUAUUGAACAUAUUGAGCAACUUUUGGAUGAAACUAAAGAGGGAAUCGAUAAACAAAGAGAAAUAACUGAUUUACUCAGUGGCGCCUUGUCAUCUGAGGAUGAAGAAGCAGUUGAAGCUGAAUUAAAUGAACUAAUUACUGUAGAACAUCAAAAAGCUAUGGAUAAGUUACCAACUGUACCAUCGGAUGAAUUACCAGUAACUGUUCCAGAAACCAAAGAGAAAGACAAUUUACCUACUAAGAAGAUUGCAUUAGAAGCUCAAUAAAAUUUAUUAUAUUCGGUAAAAAUUCUACGAGUUAGAGUCAACUUUACAGUUUUAACAUAUUAAAUUUUAUUUUCUGUUAUUGUGUAUAAUAUUAAAAACUUGUAUAUUUAAUAUAUAUUUUGAAGUUAUUUAAUAAAAGUUUUAUACUGCUUGUGAA